AUGGGAAUGAAGAUGAGCGACACAGGGUGCAAAAAGAGGGGAGACAAGGGAGAUUUGUGUGAGUUUUCGUCGUCUGUUGCGGAUGCACAGCCUCACUCCAUUGUUUGCUUUGAUGAAGAGAACCACACGGACGACCCUCCACAAAAGCGAUUUGGUCGUGUUAGUUUAUCUGCUGGGCCCCACAAAGCUAGCCCCGCUUUCCUUGUCCCGUUCGGCCCACCCCCCUGCACGGAAGGAGACAAGAAGUUCGAGAACGAGGAUCGCUCUUUCUUCCCCAAACUGUCCGACUGGCAAACUUUCGACCGACUCGACAAAGGCCUUGAGUCUUGCGUCGUACAUCGACACGCUAGUAUUGCCGUUGAGAGCUCACCGGGAAGGAGGCAGGUUACUCACCCGUACAUGAUUGGAAGGAACGAUCCAAACGAAGAGUCGUCGUUUGGACAGUGA